AUGGCGGAGCACUCGCAGUCCCCGGCGGCUCCACCGCUGCCGCUGCGGGCGCGGCUCAGCUUCGCGUGCGGGCACUUCCUGAACGACGCGUGCUCGGCGCUGUGGUUCACUUACCUGCUGCCCUUCCUGCACGCCGUGCUGGGCUACGGGCACGGCGCGGCCGGCGGGCUGCUCCUCGCCGGGCAGGCGGCCGACGGGCUCUGCACGCCCCUGCUCGGCUUCGAGGCCGACCGGGCCCACGGCUGCGGCCGCUGCGGGCGCAGGAAGGGCUGGCACCUGGCCGGCACUACCUGUGUCCUUGUGUCCUUUCCCUUUGUCUUCAGCCCCUGCCUGGCCUGCAGGGACAGCACUCCACAGUGGGCAGCCUUCAUCUACUACCUCCCCUUCAUCAUCAUCUUCCAGUUUGGCUGGGCGGCCACGCAGGUGUCCCACCUGGCCCUCAUCCCUGAGCUAGUGAGCAGUGACCAUGGGAAGGUGGAGCUCACGGCUUUCAGGUAUGCCUUCACUGUCAUGGCCAACAUCACCGUGUACGGCCUUACCUGGCUCCUGCUGAACUUCCAGAUGGACCAGCCCGACCACAUGGAGCACCUGGGCCCACAGGACAUCCCUGUGUUUCGGAACUUGGCCCUCAUCGUGGUGGGGCUGGGGGCCGUGUUCUCCCUCAUCUUCCACCUGGGCACCAAGGAGAAGCCGUACCCACCAGGGGUGCUGCCUGAGAUAGAGGAGAGCACCCCGCUGCUGCACAAGGAGCCCUCGGGCCCCCCGCGCCCACUGCUGCUCUGGAAGGACUGGCUGCUGGAGCCCUCCUUCUACCAGGUUGCGGUGCUCUACAUGGCCACCCGCCUCAUCGUCAACCUGUCUCAGACCUACAUCGCCAUGUACCUCACCAACUCGCUGCUGCUCUCCAAGAAGUAUAUUGCUACCAUUCCCCUAGUGAUGUACGUCAGUGGGUUCCUCUCCUCAUUCCUAAUGAAGCCUGUGAACAAAUGGAUUGGUCGGAAUCUGACUUAUUUUGUGGGCAUCCUGGUGGUCCUGGCCUUCGCCUCCUGGGUGGCCCUGGCCAGGCCAGUAGGAGACGAGAUCUAUGGGCUGGCGGUGCUGCUCGGGGCUGGCUCAGCCACGAUCCUGGUCACAUCCCUGUCUAUGACUGCAGAUCUCAUUGGCACCAACACGCACAGCAGUGCGUUUGUCUACGGUGCCAUGAGCUUCACGGACAAGAUGGCCAAUGGCCUGGCUGUUAUGAUGAUCCAGAACCUGCACCCCUGCCCGACUGAGCUGUGCUGCCCUGCCUGUGUCGGCUUCUACCGCUGGGUGAUGGUGCUGGUCACAGGCGGCAUCGCCAUUGCUGCUGUUGCCAUGCUGUGCUGCAUCAUGGUGUGGCCCAUCCAGAUCCGCUACCGUGCUGUCAGCCUGCAGGGGCUGAGCAGUGCAAGGACCCCUGAAAAUGGCACUGGGAGCGCUGAGGGAGAGAGCCAGAGCAGCACCAUCAACUGAGCAGUGCUGUGUCUUUGGCCACCGUGUCCUCAGGGCUGUGUCCUCAGCCACCGCGUCCUUGGCCACCGCGGUGCCACACUGAGUCUGGAGGGUCCCCUGCACUGAGGACCACUAGGCUCUGGGGAGGGGGGUGACCCCCACCCUGUCUCCUUGCACUGGACUCGUAUUCCCACCCUGGACUCGUGUCCCCAUCCUGAACUCUUAUUUUCCAGACCCCACCGGGCCGAUGAAGGCUGUCCCUGGUGCGGUGCAGUGUCACCUGUCACCUCUCACCUGCACAAUGAACACUAGAAGGGCCUAGGCCAGGCCGGAGCAGCCCCAGAAGAGGGGGGCGCCCGGACCGAGGUUUUAACCUGCUUUUGUAAGGCCAAUACGUACAAACGGCACUUUAUAAAGGAGGAGGAAUAGGAGAGAAAAAAAA